AUGUGCACUCAUCGGCAGUGGCUACGUGUUCACAGAGACGAAAAUGGGUUCACCUUGCAGUACGGAAACCGUCUCGGCAACAUCACGAACUCUCUUCCCCACCCUGCGAAGCAAUACCCAUCCAUGGUUUUCUUCGUUGGCAAACAGGCCAAAUCGCAAGCGCUGCGAGCUCUCUUCCCGGGGACCAACAUAUCCAGUUGUCGAAAAUAUGGUAUCGCGAACAUAUGCGCCGAUCCAAGGACGACAAACGAUGACCAUCCCAUCCUCAUUGCUGAUACCACUCCUGAUUAUGCGCAAACCAACGUGAGGGGGAAGGUUGUCUGCCAUGAGACAAUCAAUCAUCCAAUAGCCUGGCCAAACGACGAGAACGGCCCACCUACACAGCAGGGCCUAACCGAUCAUCUCCACGCCAGACUACUGUCAUUGUUCGUCGACGUGCUGUGUAUAUUCGCGCAGGACUGUGGCGGCUUAGAUGGUGUAGUCGAGAGGCUUGCGUCCUGGGCAGCAUUGGGAUCUGCGUCUAGCCUGCCAAGUAGCACUCGCCCCCGGUUGCUUGUUGUCACUUGCGUUCCUGGACAUGCCUUUGACUCAGAAGCUCUACGCUUUCGUCUCAGAGUUUUGGCUGAUCCUAAGUUCGCAGAAUCGUUCUCGUCCUUGAACUUAGUGAAUCGUCUAGGGUCAAAGCACCGUCCUUCUCCAGCACUGUUCAGCGGCCUGGGGGAGGCCCUACGCCACGAAACCGGUCUGGCGCGUCUCGGGCGAGUUAAUACUCAUACCUUAUUUUCUAUGAUCCACAUCACGGCAUUCUUUGAAAUAGCCUUACGCAAUAUUGCAACAUCACCACUACACACAUUUGACUUUAUCAAGAGCUCGAGAGAGGAAAGUCUGGUCCCCCCCAACCUUUCGACUCACCUCAAGUCGUUUAUGGCCCUGAGUCUCGAACACAGGUUGCCUGAUAAUAUCCUUUGGGUGUUUAUUGGUUCCGCUAUAAUUAUGGACGGUUUUGCUACUGAUAUGCACUUGUUUAAUCCUUCGGAGGUCUUUCGUACUUUAUACCGCCAAGCCUGUGUCGUUGGAACUCAUGAAUUUGCGAGCUCCAAACAGCUAUCUAUCCAAUUGAUAUGCGGCGACAUCGAGUCGCACAUAAUAUCGAUGUUUUCCUCUAUGAAGUCCACCGGCCAGUCCGCUGCCGCUCUCCGUCAACAAUGCCUGCAGCAAGACAGACAAUACUGGCGGCUUUUGAAAUCUAACGUCGAUUGCUUCAUCUGCCUUCAAAGAAAACCGGAACACCUAAUGGAGUGCGGCCAUGGCAUAUGCGACUUCUGCGUCUCUAUCCGUAAUUUCAGCAAGCCGACAGAGGGCCGCGAGUACUGCUACGACAUCAGCAGCUGCCCCCAGUGUCAGGCUGGGAUCCGCUUCCAGGCAAGAAUACUGCCGCCAACAUGCCGGGUAAGAUUCCUAGCCGUUGACGGAGGGGGUUCCAGAGGCGUCGUACCACUAGGGUUCAUGGAGGAGUUGCGGCAAGCGCUUGGAUUAGACUAUCCAGUCCAGGAGAACUUCGACUAUUCUAUUGGAACAAGCUCAGGGGGUAUUGCAACCAUCGGCCUCUUUGGGAAGAAUUGGAGCCCGACGGAAUGCCUUAUAUUCUUUCAAAAAUUUGCGAGGAUUAUCUUCCCACGCAAGGCCGUUGCCUGGUAUUCAAUCUGCGCAAUGAUCCGGCGUAUCCGUGCGUUUUACCUUGAUGAUGGUAAGUAUGAUGCAGCCGUCUUGGAAGACGCUCUGAAGGAGGCUCUUGGGAAUGGCCUGAUAUUUGGUCCCGUGGGAUUGAGAACGUCCGGGAUGAGAUAUGCCGUUACUGCAACUACGAUAUCUGACGCGACACUAUGCCUGAUCUCGAACUACAACGGUGAGGGCCAGCAUGGCAAAAAUACAAGAUAUAAACACCUUCGGGCGGCACAGGCAACCGAGGAGAUAUUACUUUGGGAAGCGGCAAGAUGCACGACUGCAGCACCUAGUUACUUCAAACCUAAACACCUCCCCUCAUUUGGUACAUUGCAGGAUGGCGGCCUAAAGUACAACAACCCUGUGCGACCCGGCCUACUUGAAGUCCGGCGUACCUGUAACAAUAGUGAUUGUGACCUCGUCCUCUCAAUUGGGACAGGAUUCGAGCAAAAGCUCAUGUCGCCAGUAGCUUCAAACGUGCGGAAUCUUCUUCAGGAUGGGGCAAUGGCCCGGUUUUAUCGGGCAGCCAUGCAGUCACUGUCUCUGAAUGGCCAGAUCAGCUGGGAAGACCACUGGUCUGGCUUAGAGGAGGACGUAAAGAGACGGCAGUUCCGUCUAAAUUUGCCUUUGGUAGGAAGUGAACCCAAGAUUGACGACGUGGGCAAGAUGCAAAAUCUCCAGGAUCAAAUAAGGUAUCAUCUUGGUGAUAUUAAGGGUAUUGCCCGGGCUUUCAAGGCAGUAACUUUCUUCUUUGAGCUCGACGGGCCUCCGGAGGACCAAGGGGGGCGCUUUUGCUGUCAUGGCUCCAUCCUCUCUCGGAGCCCGGACAGCCGUGAUCUUGUCCAGAAUAUCGGCCGCGGCUACCCUUACGCGCGAUUCUUCAACCACGACGUCUCCCUUGGAUUUCUUAGCGCAAGCGAUAUCUGUCAGCUUUGCGGGCGUUUCCAGAAAGCUGUCACGUUCUACGUACGCCAUCCCUCCGAUCAGGUAAACCUGCAGCUCGUCUUCAACAGCCUCUUCUGCCGAAGCAUUAGCGGGUUCCCACAACCUAUACAAUGGUUUAUCGACAGACAGAAGCUGAAUGCGAAAUUCGGACAGCCCGACCACAAGAGCAGAAUUGAGCACUCUAGGGACCUCUCCUGUAGCUGUGAGCUUCGACGUCGCCGGGAAGUCUCAGUCCCCGCUACAGACACCAGAAAACGCUGUGCCGUUACCUUGCCGAGAAGAACACGUAAGAAGCGGCGUUAUUUGUAA